UUCUUAUAAGUCUAUGCAAGAUAAGGAUGAAAAGAAUAUAAACGCAUAUCUUAAGCAUUGAAGAGAGAGAGAAUGGUGAUAAUUCCAGAGGUUUCAAUCGGUUCAAGUGAUAAGAAAAUUCCCAAAGUAGGAUUUGGAACAGCUGAAUUCCCUUUUGCUGAAUCUGCUGAAGUGAUAACAGAAUCAAUUGUUUAUGCUAUAAAGUUGGGUUAUCGGCACUUCGAUACGGCGGCAGUUUACAAUUCUGAGAAGUUCCUCGGAGAUGCAAUUAAGGAAGCUCUUCGCCUAGGGUUUAUCAACUCCAGGGAGCAGCUCUUUAUCACCUCCAAGCUUUGGUGCAGAGAUGCGCAUCCCGAUUGUGUCAUCUCUGCUCUUAAGAAAACUCUCGCGAACUUGAAAUUGGAGUAUCUUGACCUAUAUUUGAUUCAUUUGCCCAUAAGCUUAAUAGCAGAUAGACAAAAUUUUCCUUUUGAAAAAGAAGAAAUCGUCGGCAUGGACAUUAGGGUUGUAUGGGAAGCCAUGGAAGAGUGUCAAAGGCUUGGCCUCACUAAAUCAAUUGGAGUUAGCAACUUUUCAUGCAAGAAGCUUCAAACCUUGUUAAACACAGCAACAAUCCCACCAGCUGUGAAUCAAGUUGAGAUGAGUCCACUUUGGCAGCAAAAGAAGCUAGUGGAUUUUUGCAAGGAGAAAGGUAUUCAUAUCACUGCAUACUCUCCUUUGGGAGCCAAAGGAACUCCAUGGGGAACAAACCAAGUUCUAGAGAAUCAAGUGCUAAAAGAGAUUGCUGAGGCCAAGGGAAAAACUGUAGCUCAGAUUUGUUUGAGAUGGGUGUAUGAACAAGGAGGGAGUCUUCUUAUAAAAAGCUUUAACAAGGAAAGGAUAAAACAAAAUCUUCACAUUUUUGAAUGGGAGCUAAGUCCAGAGGAGUUAGAGCAGAUAAGUCAACUUCCACAGCACAAAGCAUUUAAUGCGUCAGAUUUUAUCCAUGAGAAUGGCCCUUUCAAGUCUCUAGAGGAGUUUUGGGAUGGAGAAAUUUAAUAAACCUCUUGAGAGCUUUGCUUACACAAUCACCUCAUCACUCUUCCACAUAUCAUAAUAAUUAUUAUUGUUGUUGGUAUUAAUGUUAUUGGAAUAAUGAUAUAUAAAUACCUUUCAUAUCAUAAUUAUAUUUUUCUAAAAGUUAUAAGAGAUAUUUACUAUUUAGUUUUUCAGUAAUAUCAUUAUUAACAAGUUAA